ACUGAGUACGGCAGGCGAUACUUGAGAGGCAUUCAAUCACUGCAAGAUUUCCGAGACAAACAUCCACUCACUAAGUAUGACCACUACCAGGAUUACUUCCAGAGACUGGCGGAAGGAGAGAAGAACGUCUGUGUGGCGACCAAAUUUGACAGAUUUGGGACUUCUUCUGGUACCACAGGCAAGGGAAAGCUGAUUCCAGUUGUGAUGAAAACCUCCACGGUGUAUAGGGCAUUUGCAAUGCUGGAGGAUGACCAAGAUAUGUUCCUGGAGGAUUUGUCUGUAGGCAGGAUCAAUCCUAGCUUGAACCUUGAUGAGGAGAUUCGACGGUCCCUGAAUGCUGCAUUGAAGCCCAACCUAGCGAGGGCCAACGAGCUGAGAGCGGAGUUUGCUCGAGGCUUUGAAGGCAUCGCUAUCCGGAUCUGGCCGCAUUUGCUGGGCAUCACAACUAUUGAUAUAUCUGGAUACAUGAAAAAACUCAGUGAAAAGUAUACAAAAGGUACCAGGUCUUAUAGUCCUAUCUAUGCCUGUACCGAGUCUGUUGUUGCAGUUAACUUAUGGAUGGACGGCCAACCACAGCGCUACGUGCUGAUUCCCACUGAAGUCUUGACUGAGUUUGUUCCUGAAGACCUCUGUGCGGAGGAGAAUCCAGAGACGCUACUGAUUGACGAGAUCGAGGUUGGAAAACGCUACGAGAUAGUCCUAACGACUGUGUCUGGGUUUUAUCGAUACCGCAUGGGCGAUGUGGUUGAGGUUGUGGGUUUCCAUGAGAACUGCCCCGUGAUUCAGAUAAAGUAUAGAACGGGUGAACUGCUCAAUCUACGCAGCGAAAAGAUUGACAAGCUUGUUGUGAACAACGCAAUACAGGAAAGCUUGGGAAACUGGCCAGGGGUCACACUCGUGGAAUGGACAUGCGCCGAAAGCCCAUUGAUGUAUGGGGACCAAGAGGGCGUCCAGUAUGAUAUGUACUAUCUACUCUUCGUCGAGUUGGAAGCAGAGGUGCUUUUGUCGUCGAAGCAAAAGUCCUUGUUCGAUAAGUCCCUACGCAAACAGCAUGAGUUCUAUGACCAUUACCGCACAAUUGGCACCAUAUGCGAAGCUCGAGUGAUGAUCGUUCGCCCAGGAUCCUUCAAGAAAUUACAAGAAUUCAUCGUAGCGAACUCAACAGCUAGUUACAACCAGUUCAAGAUGCCAAAAAAGCUACAUACAAAGGCCACUGUUGAUCUGAUGAUGAGCAGCGUCACUGAUUAA